AUGGACGAUUCCUUGAGUGUGGCUGCUCGUUUCAGGAUUGGAGAUUUCGUUCCUUUCUUAGAGCGGAUUGGCUUGGGUGGUUCUCUUGAUGACUUGAAGAGCCUGCACAAGCGCUUUGAUGAAUUUAUUGUGAGGAAGAUUGAAGAAAAGAAGCGUAUGCCUCUGCCCACUGAGGACGAUGGUAACAAGGACUUUCUGCAGAUUCUACAUCAACUCAAAUAUAAUUCUGCAGAAGAGAGGCGACAGCUUUCCGAGUCUAAUAUCAAGGGAAUUUUAGUGGUACGCACUGCAACAAAUAAAUUUACAGACAUGAUUUCGGCGGGAACGGACACUGCUACCCGAACGGUAGAAUGGGCGACGUCCGAGCUGAUCCGCCAUCCUCAUCUAAUGCGUAGUAUCGGAAACUCUUCGACUGCAUCCCCCAAUGCCACUUAUGCUUCCUCACGCAUCUCCAGACAGUUCAAGGGUAAUGUCAUGGUGAAUGUGUGGGCCAUAGCAAGAGAUUCAAAUGCGUGGGAGAAGCCGCUGGAAUUUGAUCCGGAUCGCUUUGUGGACAACCCCGCGCAUUUCGAUGGACGAGAUUUUCGAAUAACACCGUUCGGUUCAGGGCGAAGAAUGUGCCCGGGAUAUAAUCUGGGGCUUUGCAUCAUACAAUUUGUACUUGCAAGCUUUGUUCAUUCAUUUGAUUGA